AUGGCUUUAGCUUCACAGACAAGAAGACCCUCUGAGGAUCAGAAAUGUCUUUUAAGAAGAAAUUCUCAAAAUUCUAUCUGUAGUCCAGUCGUGGAAAGGGUUGAUUUUUGUAGAAAUAAACCUAGGCUAGUUGAACUUGAAAAACAGCUUUAUUCCUUGGCAAAUGGUCGUGAAAAUUCAGAGGAAGUUAUGAGGACUUGUCAGACCUUGUUGGGUGACACUGAGAACAUCAAUGAAACAUUCAAUGUGUUUUGCUCCUGUUGCAAGGUUGACAGAUACAAAGAACCAACUAUAGCACAGCUCUUUUAUGACCUUGUCAAUGUGCAAAAUGGUUCUUCGUUGCUUACUGAGUUGGAAAUGGCUUGUGAGGAAUUAUUGAAAGUACUAACUCAUCUCGGCACUCCAAACACACUUCAGUUUAAUGUUGUUUCCCUCCUGCACAAUCUGAGCAGGUUAACUGAUAUCCCUUCUUCACACUUAGAGGCUGUUCAGAGCUACCUGGAAGAAAUUGCUAGGGCUUUGUGGCCAUACAGCAAACCUCUUGCUCCAAACUUAUGGGUUAGUGAAGCAUUUUGUGAUGCCCAGUGUGACAUUCUUAAAGCCUGUGGGAAGUUUCUUGAAGAGAAGUGUCCUGUAAAUACAGAACGAACAUUCCAGAUGAUCAGUAACAAGUUAAUUUCUGGAGAGAUUUCAAAGUACUCUAGGUUUCGGCUACUUGAGAUUCAGGAAUUACGGUCAUCUGGUUGGAAGGUGUCAGAGGCAACAAAGAAUUAUUACAAGGGAGCAUAUUUAAAGGUACAUCUAGAUUUUAUUUUAGUCAUGUAUAACUUGAAGCUGUUGCAGUUGCAGUCAGGCACUUCCAAGCAGGGUGUUCAUUAACAGUGUUGCAUUCCUAUUAAAAGAUGUUGUGCCAUUGGACUACUAAAGAAUAUGACUAUGAUAAGAAUGUUUUCGUUUUAUUUGCGGCAAUAUAUCUAGUUUAUUGGCAGCUUUUGCAAAACAGCAACGUAGUUAAACCUUUCACUCUCACAAGUGACCAAGACAGAACUUCUCCUUACAAUAUCAAUACAAUAUCAAGCAGGCAGGUGAUGAGAAUAGAGAAGAAUAUCAGUUAUGGGAUUAUUAGUUGAUCCAAUACCAAAUUCUCUAAACUAACAUCAUAAGAAUAGUAUGGUAACUGGUAAGGAGAAUUACUAAUCAGAUCUUGGGAGUGAAAGGGUUAAGAAUAUUAAAGGAAUGCAUCAAACAAUUGAAUUUUGCAUGAAACAAAGGAAGUUCAGAAAUUCUUUAUCAGGGCCUCCUUAAAAUCAAUGGCAUUAAAAGUCAGUAACAGUUGAAUGCGUGGUACAGACCCUAAUUUUGAUCCUUCUUGUAAUUGCACCUAUUUUUCUAAGGAUGGCAUCCUGCCCUAUUGCAACAUAGUGUAUUGCCUGCCUGGGACUACGCUUGUUCAGUCGAAAUGACUAGAUAUUAGCAUUGUUCUUUUUUUACAUUUUAAUGGACCUUGACCUCAUCUUGGUCCAUGAAAAUGCUAAAAAAAGGACUUGACCAUCCUCCAGCUGUCUUGCUUGGUCAAUAACGUAUGCAAAUUAAGUGAAUGCACACGCGACCAUGUCAUUCAAACCUUGUUAUGUUUUGCCUGAGUAGUUAUUGCUUUCUCUGUGCAGUUUUUUGACCAACAUCAGAAGGAUUUGUCAUGCAGAGAUACACAUGUCCAAACUGAAGCAAUUUCCUCCCAAAAUGAAUCAAGAAUGGUCGAUGCUAAGGCAGAGGGUGCUGAUCUUAGAAGAAUCAAGCCUGUUGCAGUGCUGAGAAUUAAUGAGUCUGAAUUACGAAAGUCAUCUGGGAACAUACAGCAAGAGCUUUCAUUAGCUCAGGAUGCAAUUCUCAAGGAGAAAGACAAGGAGGCUUAUCUCAAAUUAUAUUCUUUUGGUGAUGGUGAGAAAUUGGCUACAUGUAAACAGCCUGUAUCUUUGAAUAAACUUGCACCCCAUGUUUCUCUCACUAACAAUAUUCUAAAAGAAGCAUCCUCUUCUUUCAACUCAAGUGAUGGUAGUGAUGAUGUUUUUGCUACGAAUGACAAAAUGGGCUUUGAGAAGAAAACACGUGAAGUUCAUCCUGCCUUACAUUGGGAGGAAUUUAGAGAGCCGAGACAUUCAUUCAAGAGUGAUUCAUCACUAACCUCGGAUUCUGAAUGUUUAGUCACCAGAAUGGCAUCUUUGUCACUGUCAGAUACAGAAGAAAACAUGAUUAAUGAUGAUGUGACCACCAUUGGAAAGGUUUUAUCAAAUUCAAUAAACUCUUCUGAGGUCAAGGAGCUGUCUUCUGGGUUAGUUAUUAAUACCUGUCCACUCAAAACAAUUGCAUCAAGUCAUGAAGAGCAGCAUUUAAACAUUGUCCCUUGUGAGAAAAAAAUUGGUGAUCCAAAGAAUAAAACCACUGAAAGGGAUGGAGAAAAUUGGGAAGAAAAAACAGUGUUAAGCUCUGAAAAAUCCUUGGAAGAUGCUAAUGACAACAGUCCAGUCACUGAGAAUUGGAGGGAAAGGAAACCAGCUAAAACAAACAAGUCUCAGGAUGAUGGUAAUGGUCAUUACACAGUUGCUGACACCUGGAAAGAGAGAACAUUGGUUAAUUUGAAAGAAGCACAAAACAAUAACACCAUUAAUGCUUAUUGUGAAAAUUGGAGAGAGAGAAAACUAUCUAACAUUGGCAAAUCAGAUGAGGAUAUCCAUGGCUAUCAUGUAGUUACAGAAAACUGGAGGGAAGAGCCAUUGGUAGAUUUAGAAGACCCAGGUAAGAAUUGGAGAGAAAGUAAAAUGCCAAUUCUAAACAAAUCACCAGAAGUUGUGGGAAAUUGGAGGGAAAGUCCACUAGUGGCCUUUAGAGAACCACAGAACAGCUUUAUCAAUAAUUUGUCUGGGAUAAACUACAGGGAACAAAAGCCUGAAAAGUUUAUCGACUUUUGGAGCAGUGGUUCUGAUCAGAAGAACUGGCGAGAUAGAAAAUCCAUGAGUUUGGAUGAGUCCAAACAAGAUCCUACCUCUACAGCUAGUCAGCAAACAAGGAGACAUAGUCUGAGUGAUCUACAACUUGAAAAGCAAAACUCUCAUGAAAAAGGUUUGUUGGUUCUUACAUCUAAUUUAAAAUAAUGAGACGUCACUUAUUAUACUCAUCUGCAGCUUCUGUAUGUUGUUUACAGUGAUGGACAUGGGAAUUUCUGGAGCUAGCAUCGGGCAAAUAUCUUACAUAUUUACCAAUCUUUAAUUGCUUGCCAGUGUGGACCAUCUUUGUGAUUGCAUACAUGUAUUGCACUAAUGUGUAUAUUGUGCUGUAUUUUUUAGGAAAUAAGAGAGGUUUUGGGCUUCCAAAACCAGAUGAACAGGUUGACAUAGCAGAAAGGUGGGUACACUGUGGUUACACUCUAGUUUACUACCCUUGCGAACUGAAUUCCCAGUUUUCUGGGAAUUCCUAGGAAUUCCUAGGAAUUCCUAGGAAUUCCUAGGAAUUCUCAAAAAUUCCCAAUUAUGCAAAUGACCCUUGUAAACCGAAUUCCCAGUUUUCUGGGAAUUUCUGGGAAUUCCUAGGAAUUCCUAAAAAUUCCUAGGAAUUCCUAGGAAUUCCUAGGAAUUCUCAAAAAUUCCCAACUAUGCAAAUUAAAUCUGAUUUAAAAAGCUUGGAAUUACUGGGAAUUUCUGGGAAAGGAAGACUCCAGUUUUGUGAGGAGUUGGAAUCCCUAGGAAUUCCUAGGAAUUCUCAGCUUUGCAAACUACCUAUAAUUUAAGAAGUGUGGAACUCUUGGGAAUUUCUGGGAAUUGAAUUUGAGGCAAUUUUAAUACCCUGAGGUCCACAUAAAUUCUAAGAAAUUCUCAAUACCUUGAAUGUGAAGGUUUUAAGAAAAAGAGUAAUUUCAGAGGCUUAAAACUUUGGCUCAAUAAAAGGUAUGCUAUACAAAACUUACCAAGAGAUAUACAUACAUGUACAUGUUUAUAACUUAAAGAUCAUGAAAUUUAUUACUCAAACUAAGUUUUAGUAAAUCUUUACAUUAAUAUGGAUUUUCUCAUGAACCAGCUGUCAGUUAUGUUAAAUGGAAAUUGCCAACUUCUACAAUAAUUAACAAUAAUUACAUUGUUAUCUUACUUCCCUAACCUACAUUACUGGUUGCCUUUGUUAGAAAACCUUGGAACAGUCAAGCUCAGUUGCCUCAAACGCUGUCAGAGACUUUUUGUUGACAAUACUUUUAGUAGAAAUUUCAUGCCUUAGACAAACAAAUUCAACACCUAAUUAAUCUUUCUUUUUUCAUGAUUGUUGUUGCUGCUUUUUUUUUCAGUUUUUGCUCUAUUUUCAUGACUAAUUGCUGUAAUUUGUUUUGAUGUUUUUAUUCUUACAAAACAUUUUUGUAAGAGUUCCAAUACUUGUGGAUCAUCCACACACUUUGCAAACAUUUGGCAUGCAGACAAGACAGAGGUAGUCAAUGUUCCCUUAGAGGAAAAACACCUUUUAUAUGACGUCUUCAAUUUACUUUAUUUGAAACUCUGAUCUGAAAAUAUUUGUCAACAAGACUUGUUAGUAGUGAGAAGUACCAACCAAGUUUCCUUUCAUAACUUAAUUUCUUAAAUGUCCCAAUCACUGGAUCUCCCAAAAAAAUAUUACAUCUUUUUAUUUUUGGUGCAAAUUACAAGUCCUUCUUUAUAUAAAAAUGAAAAGUGAUAGUCACACUUCAAUAAUAACAGCUCUUAAGUUUACUUGUUGUUCUUUUCUGUCUGUCAGCUAUCAACAAGAUUGUUUUAUACUUCGGGCAGUGCAUAACUAUUUGUGGACCAGAGUUCCAACGCACCUCUGUAAUCGCAUAUAGCUACUCCUGUCUCUUGUACAAAUGUUUCUCCUUUGUAAGACGCACUCUACUCUGUUGUCAAUACUGCUUUAAGUUCAGUGGAAACGACUGACUGAGGAAUCGAGAUGGCGGUGUUGGAACGUGUUGCUGAACGCUUGCUACGGUCAAGCUUUGUAGAUUUAGGUACUGGUACACUGGGAUCAUCUAUGUUUCUCUUAUACUUCCGAUUGUGGUAUCCUUCUUUUAUAAAUAUAAGGGUAAAAGACGAUUUGUAGUCGCAUUCAGAACUGUGAUUGGCUUGUGUUAUUUCUCACCUUGGCCAUUAACACAACUCAAGUGAGUUUCGAGUCUUUGUUUCCUCGACAACUUUCGGCCUCAAAUCGUGCAUUUGUAAUACGAUCGAUUCUUUUCGAUUAUUUCUACAUAGAGUGAGCUCACAUCUUUAUUUAUAUCACCAAGCUAUCCAUCUUCUAGAAGCAGAGAACCGGUCGGAGAAGUCAGAAUAAAGUUGUACGAUUCUCUUAACACUGCAAUCGGCAAGCCAGCGGAUUCACUUUGCUAGCCAAUUACAAGUCCUAAAAGAUCCACGUGAUCAUGCCCGUGAUCGGAAACAAAGAAGACUCCAUUUGGCGCUCAUCUUUGAAUGUACUUUGGAUCGGUUGAUCGCUUUUCUCAACUGUUUUGCUUAAUAUAACAUUUCUAAAGAUAGCUUUUAUUGUGGUUCAAUGGGAAAACGAGAAUAGCGUGAGUGUUGUAAAAGAAAAGAAAGUCGUUGGCGCCGUGGAGUUAAAAGAAGGGACAACAGUUGACAUAUCGACUGGUACAAACAAGGAUCGAGUGGCCAUUUGUAAAGCUACGAUUUUGAAAGUUUGUGGUGAGUAAAAACUGCGAUAUUCGUUACGUGAUCAAAAUCUUAUAAAAGAAUAGAUUUAGCGGGUUGAAUUAAGCUUACAUAACGCUCGGCGCAACUGAAACUAGAAUAAUUCUGAGAAUCGAAUCGGUCACUUGCAUGCCGCAGUUUCUUAAGCUUAUGCUUUACAAUGAAAUAAACCUAUCAGUAAGGUUUCAAGAUUCCUCUAGUCACGUUUGGGAACAUUCAAGAUUCAUAAUAGGAACUGUUAUUAAACAAACCUUAGUACAUAAAGAAGCCCUCCUUGGUAAAAACAAAAUAAUGUAUUCAGCCCUUUUUUAGUAAAAUCUAUGAGAGAGAUGUACUAACUCCAAUAUAAAAGUCACUCAAUAUAACAGAGAUUUCUCAAUUUGAGAAUCCAAUGAAUGCCCUUUUCCUCAUAGCUAUCUUAAAAGCCUGGUCUGAGCUUUAAAUAUACAUAUUUUAAUAUAUUAUUUUUUUCAAAUUCAGAUGUCAAGGAAUCCAGAUACAAAAUGGUCAAGGUUCUUGUUGACAACCUCAUUCAAGGCCAACUCAUUGUGAGCCCAGGAAAAAAAAAAAACAAACAGUACAAACAGCAGCUAAGUUUGCAGUUUAGGAUAACUUCAUUCUAAUUUAUUGUUACAGUUACAACAAGAUUUUAAUCAAAAAAUCAAUUUUAUUUGUCUGUAAUUAGCCCCUUCACUCCCAAGAGUGCUUGGUUUUCAAAUAUAACUUAAGAUAUUGUAUUUUAUGGAAAAGAAUCAACAGAUUUUAUUCACAAUUUGUGUCAAACCAAAUUUAAUGAUUGAUUAGAACUAUUUUAUAUGAAUAGCUGUAAUUGAGGAUUAAUCCGUAUGAAGUUUUCAAGAAAAGAAAAAUAAAUCAAAUUCCAUCCUAAUAUUACCACACAUUGAUGUUAAUUAAUCAAAAAUAUUUUACAUGUAAGCCUUAAUUAAGCUUCUAAAUAAAUUUCAUUGAAUACUUGAAUUUUAGCUGGGUUUUUUUUAAUUUAAAGUAUUUAUUUUAUAUCAUUAGCCUCAAAUUUUUGCUUAAAAUUCCCAGUAAUUCUUAAACAUUCCUAAAAAUUCCCAGAAAUUCCCGAAAUUCCUAGGAAUUUUUUAGAUUUACAGCUUUUCAGGGAAAGUCAUUGGUUCUCUGAGUUGGAAUUCCUAGGAAUUCCUAGGAAUUCCAAGUCCUGUUGGCUAUAAACUUGGAAUUUCUGGGAAUUUCUGGGAAUUUCUGGGAAUUUCUAGGAAUUUCUAGGUUUUUAGAACCAGAGUUGUUAUGGUUGGGAAUUUCUAGGAAUUCCUAGGAAUUCCCAGUCCGAAUUUACUGUGAAAAUUUACACCUUUAUUCCUAGGAAUUCCUAGGAAUUCCAAAAGCCAUUUCGCAAGGGUAAUACAGAAUACACUGUACAUUUACUGGCAAUCUAAAUGUUGGCUUGCUUUCUCCUUUUGUUUAUGAUACCUUACCAGUUUUCAUAAUGAUAUUUCAACACAUUCACUCAAAUUGUUUCCUGAUGUAAAAGUAGCUCUAUGCUGUCAGUAAUUGAGUUCAUGUAGGUGUUUGGACAUCUUGACUCAAUCAGUGUAUAUUGUACUAUAAGUUCCUGCAAGAUGUUGGGGAUAUUAUUGCUCAUUUACACAGUAGAUGUGAGCUCAACUUUAUACAACAUGGAUCACAGUGCAUUUGCAGAAUGAUGGACCUGAUUUUGCUGUUAUUCCUUUAUUUACUGCAUGUAACCUUUUCAGAACUGAGCAUUUCAAGGAAGAGACAGUUGAGGUUCAAAUGGCACAAGAAGAGACUGAGGGUCAGUAUUCUGCAAUCAACUGUACAUGUAUGAGGGAAAUGUAUGAUUAAGAAGCAACCUUUAGAUUAGCAGUAUUUGUAUGUGUACCAUGUACUCAGUGAUUCUAGUCCCCUUUUCAUAUUUUUAUCUGUACUUACUAGAAUAGUGGUGUGGUAUUUUUAAAAUGCUUGUACAUUGAAAUGUACAAUUUAUGUUGGUCUUGAAAGAGUUUUAGUUUGAAGGACCAACAUUGUGUUCAUUUCUGCAGGUCUAAAAGGGUGGCAGCUGAGAGAAAUUCAGGUAUUUUGAUGUUGGUUAUUUCAUGUAUCAUUUAUGUGUACUACACUUGUAAGUAUUUUGAAAAAAUGUUAAAUCAGAAACAGAAACAGGUGAAUGAGAAAACAAAAAAAAAGGGAAAGAGAAAAUUAGUUAAAAGAAACCAAAGAAAACAUCAACAGUUAACUGGCUGAGUUUCUUACAGUUGCAGGUUUACACUAAAAUGUAAUGGAAAGGAAUACACAGGAAUCAAACCAACAAGAUCCAUGAAAUCUCUCACACUUACAUUGUAUCGCUCUGUUCAAUUACUCUUUUACACAGGCUGAUACUGGCUGUAAGAUACACACCAACAGAGAAAAGUGUGUUCUUACAAUAACUGGUCACCCUCAGCAGUGCAAGGUAUAUGAAUACACCACCCUAACCCAUUACACCCUAAAAUCAGUGUAUAUAUUCUCCAUGCUGUUCUUUAUACAUUUCCUAAGGUGCUGACAAGGAGAAUUUAAUGACUAAUCAAAAGCUUCUUUUGUUGGUGAUCAUUUCCUUUAUUCUCAUGACCUUAAUGUGUGAUUCAGGGGGGAUGUUGUGAAGAGAAAUUUGAUGCUUAUCACUCUCAGAGUUUAAAGGGUUAAAGUUUGUAACAAAAAUGUUUUUCUUCUAUCCAUCUUGAUUAAAAUCUAUGCAUUUUGGUUUUGAUGCAGCACAAGUUUAUAACUGAAUUAUUUUCUUAACGUAUAUUUUAGUAAUUCAGCUUUGCAGCCACAUGUACAUGGUGUGAUGAUAUUCAAACUGUUUACAAUUCUUUAAAUGAAAGCUUUGGUACACUUUUGUAUCAUUAUCUGCAGAUGCUUUUGAACUAACCAUUGAAAUUUUAUUUUUAUUGCCCGAUUAGGUUGCAAAAAAGAAAGUUUACAGUGUCAUUGCUGCCCUCCAAGAGCAGUUUGUGAGUACUUCUUUACGUGUUUCAGGAAAGCAACUGAUCACAGUUUCUUUUUAUUCUUGGGAUAGGUUUACUAUUUUGGUGAUUUUUUUAGCCAUUGCAAAACAAAAACUGAUACACUGUAGAUACAUAGUAAUUCACAACACUACUUGAUUUGAUCUUGAAUCAGGGUGCACUUGUUCCACUGUCGGAUGUAGUUCUUCAGCACCUCCAGUCAGAUGGAUGCAGCAUCCUGGCUGAUAGAUUGGCAUUUUUUUCUUUGGCAAGUGUUACGAUGAUUAAUGGUAAGUUGAGAACAUCUGUAGCACAAGCAUGCAGUUCAUUUGUGUACAAAGUGUACAUGUAUGUUCUGGAAAAAACUGAGCUCAGAUCUGUAUGGGAAUUUUCUGGCUCAGGGUCCAACCUUCUACCUCACUCCUAUCCUGCAUGUAAUCUCUUUUCAUGGCAGGGGUAGUUACAGCUGUAUGUUUUUCUCUAAAUUAUAUAAUAAUCUACUGGACUUUUUACAAAAAAAUGCCCAUUCGUGCUAGGCCUUACUCAAGUGUUUCUAUCACACAAAGAUGGGGUGUGGAAAAUCUCCCCCUCCUCCUAUUCUCUCGCCUUCUUUAGAAGCAUGUUAGGUUUUCAAUGUACAACUUUUCCAGCACGGCAAAAAAAAAUCCCCAUUUGAGGGGUAUUAUACUCCAUCAAAUUUUGUAGCACAGUUUCUGUUAGUUCUCAGCUUAUGUGGAAUUGUUAUAUUCAUUAUUCUUCUUGUUGUUGUUGUUGUUAUGGUUUUCUUGGGGUAACCACCAAUGAACUCAUUUCCCUGUUCUAAGUAAACUGUUGGUAUGUCAUCCAGGUAUGCCUUUUAAACUCUCUUUACCUGUACAUCUUAGGUAACACUCUUUUUUCUGUCUUUGUUUAGACACUCAACUGUUUAUAUCUGGUCGUCGAAACUGUGUGAAUCAUGCAAAAGCACAGCUGGCUAAGAUCAAGGUUAUGGUAAGAUAGUUAGUUCUUACAUUACUUACUUAGGUUGAUAUGGAAUGGGAACGAGUUUCUGUCACUAUUCAGUGUCCUUACUGCAUAAUAUAUCUUCCUUGCCCCAUUAUAUACUUUUCAUUUGCGAACUACAAGACUGAACAGUUAUCAAUAUGUAAAUAUGUGUGGAUUUUUAUGGCACGUUCAAAACAGACCCACAAAGGGAACGAAAAUUCAGGUAAUAAAAAGAGAGUUAGAUUUAAGAGACACUCAAGGCCUUUGUAAACCUGUAGAUUUGCACCCAGCAUACGUUGGACAAUGGAGCCAUGUUUAGACAACCAUCGUAGCAUUAUGAGCUUGUGGUUCUUGAAAUGGGUGGUUAAAUACACGUAAUUAAAGUUAUUAAAGUUGAAAUAAGUAAUUUAAUGGACUUUCUCUUUUCGGAUCAGUAGAAAAUAUCAUAUUAAUCAGGUGCCCUAGUUAAAGGGCGUUCGUUUGGUGUGAUUCCUUCCUACAUGUACGUGCAUGUCAAGAGCUUAUCUGUGAGAUCGUUCAUCCUCCAUUAAUUUUUGCGUGUGAGUUGUUUGGUUUUUUUUCCCUUUAAAUUCGUUUUCGAAUGUUGUACAGUUGAGGUAUACCGAUGAUCCUGACGUAGCACGCCCCAGCCAAAAGGACAGCAGCGAAGAGAAGCAUAAAUUGGUAGAGGAACUUUUUGCGGCACUAGAGCGAGGAGAGAACGCAACAGGUCAAAGCUAUCACACAGAGCAAGCUGGUGUCAGUGCGGAACAGGCUCCAACUAGAGAGGGCUUAUCAAGAGAAUUUAUACUCAGUUGUGCCCUUUCACCAGUAGCUAGGCAACGCCCUGUUAAUAUCAGCCUGGACAGGACAGAAGACUGGGUCAGGGAGAUCGUCUUGGGCGAUGUGAGUAGACAAAGAAUUUUGGAGUAUCGAGCCUUUGUGUUCUGAACUACUUAGAAAUAAUCCACGUUAAGUAUUAAUCAAACCAGUGGCAGUAGGUCAAGAUGGCCUUUUUGGCUAACUAUGGUUAGCAGUGUGCGUCAUUGAAGAUUCUUUCAGUUAGUGCUCCAUCCCGGCGGAUCCACCACUCCUUCCACAUUUUCGUAUGGCGCAACGCUUCCUUAAAACAGAGCAGUGGUUGCUUGGGCGUUGUAUUUCAGCAAUCAAUUGUGCUUCACACUCCGAUUGCGAACUUGUCGCCCUUCACUGCUCUGGCGCUUCCGAGUGUUGUAGAACUACAUGCAGCUUUCCCAUAUUACUCCUUAUAAUUUCUUUCCUGUCGGUAGGGAAGAAGAGGAGAACGGGACAGCCUACAUAAGCAGAUACAGAGAAAGGGGUUUGGAUCUCCUAUGAACACGAACAACCUCCAAGAUGGAACUGAAACGAGCACAUCUUAAAUAGUAUUUUUACAGAAAACUGAAUCUUUGCAAGAAGACAAUUGAACAUAGUCAUAAGGAACGUUGCGUUUAAGAGAGAAAUAUCUCCAGAGAAAAAGACUCGCAUAUCAAUUGAAUUUGUUGUUACGUUUGGAAGACAAGUUAGUGGUGUUUCAUUUGAGAGGCCCACCUUUUUUUGUGGUGCUGGAAGGGGUGGGGUUACUGACUAAAAGGGUUUGACUCAAGGAUAGGCCAUUAUAAAGCUUUUGAAGACUGAACACUAAUUGUUUCAAGGGUUAUGAUAACACCUUGAUACUCAUGAGGAUUCGUUACACUGGGAAAAUUAUUACACUAAAGAGAGAUUUUUUUUCAGUUUUCCACAGGAUGAAUAUAUAAUAUCUUUAAUUUACUGA